CCGCAGCGCUCAACUUGCACCAUUCUAUGACUUUGGGACUUACGGGGAAGCUUAAAACAACGGCUAUUUCUCUACAUACGUCUCGAUACCAUACGACAUCUUUUCAGUGAUACUUACUCCAGACGAAUUUUCAGUAGCAACAACCAUGCUUAUGUACCACUCUCUCACGGCCCUCUGCAUCUUCACGGUUACUGCGCUAGGAGCUUUACCUCCCAUACCAAGAGACACCACUGUCAUACAGUCGACUAAGUUCCCUGGCGUAACAAUCUCAUUCAAAGAGACGAGCAUCUGUGAAACCACAGAAGGCAUCAAAGGCUACAGCGGCUUUGUGAAUCUUCCGAUCGACCCUUCGAAGAAUCGCAACUAUGAAAGUCAUAUUUACUUCUGGUUCUUCAAAGCUCGACAUGACGCAGAGAAUGCGCCACUCUCCAUCUGGCUUCAAGGUGGCCCAGGUGUGCCUUCCACUCAGGCUGCUGUUAGUGAGAACGGCCCUUGUGUCGUUCUUGAAGAUUCCAAGACUACGGAGAUAGACCCAUGGUCAUGGAACGAUAAAGUCAACAUGAUCUACAUUGAUCAGCCAGUUCAAGUAGGCUAUUCCUACGACAGGCUCGUCAACGGCACUUUGGACGUGGUUACGUCUCCAUUUGCGUACAGGCCCGCCAACUUCUCGCAGACUGGUGUGCCAGAGACAAAUUUGACCUUUUUGACUGGCACAUUUCCAUCUCAAAAUAUGUACAGCGCUCCGAACACUACCGUCGCAGCUGCGCCUUUCAUCUAUGACUUCAUGCAGGCCUGGAUGCAAGAGUUUCCCGAGUACACGUCCAAAGACAAUCGCCUUAGUAUUUGGGGCGAGUCAUAUGCAGGCCAUUAUAAUCCUAGCUAUGCCGACUACUUUGAACAGCGGAACACUCUCAUUACCGAAGGGAAACACAACGGAUCUGCUAUCGAGAUUCAUAUCGAUACUGUUGGACUCGUCAAUGCUUGCAUUGAUAUCGACACUCAGAUCGAGUUCUACCCAGAGUUUGCCUACAACAAUACGUACGGCCUACAGCUCAUCAAUGACACGCAGUACGAGUCAGCUCACGCAGCCCUACCUGAGUGCAAGAGAAUGACUGCAACCUGCAGAGCAUUGGCAGACGCGAAAGACCCCAGAGGCUUGGGCAACCAACCUGACGUGAACAAGGCUUGUCUUGGUGCUUUCCUGUACUGCUUCUCAAACCUACACGACGACUUUUAUAAGUCGGGUCGCAAUCAGUUUGAUAUCGCUGUUCCUGCACUACCAGAAUCAUUUCCUCCAAAAUGGGCUGCUGGCUACCUGAACGAUGCCGAGACGCAACAGGCUCUUGGUGUUCCGUUGAACUGGACUGGCCAGUCAAUUCCAGUCGCGGUUGGCUUUAAUGCCACAGGCGACUUCAUUCUCGGCGAUGGCCUCAACAAGCUUCGCGGCCUCCUCAACAAGGGCGUCAAAGUGUCGCUUGUCUACGGUGAUCGUGACUACCAGUGCAAUUGGCUCGGUGGCGAAGCUAUCAGCAUGGCUCUGGGCUCUACCGAUUUCAAGAAGGCUGGGUACGCGGACAUUGAGACGAAUUCAUCGCAUGUCGGAGGCGUGGUACGGCAGCAUGGAAAUCUUUCGUUUGCGCGAGUCUUCCAGGCCGGCCAUGAGACGCCAUACUACCAACCUGAGACGGCGUACCAGAUCUUCAAUCGUGUCAUGUUCAACAAUGACGUUGCAACAGGCCAGUCAUCGUCUGCAAACUAUUCUAGCUGUGGACCAAGCUCGGCAUGGACUGAGUCGUUGUUGCACUCAGAUGAGGAGCCAGCACAGUGUUAUCUAUGGGACGUCUUUGAGACGUGCACGAAAGCUGAAGAGGCAAUUUUGAGAAGCGGCAAUGCCAUCGUUGAGAACUUCAUCUUGGUGGGGGAAGUUGGUGGCAACAGCACGAGCAGGUAGAUAUUAG